CAACUUUUGACUGAAGAAUAACAAUAAAAAGUGCUUAAUUUAGAUUGUUGUAAUCAUUAUCAAAAUUUUUCCUCCACUUUCCCCCCUUUCUUCUCAGUGUAUUUGCAUGCUUAAAUUUCUCCCAUCUAAGCAAAACAAAAUUCCUAAGCAUAUACAUGGUCCUCUUGUUCCAACCUCACUGAACUUAAAAAAAAACUUUAUAUAAAAUAUGUUCGUUAUCCUCUCUUAAAACCACUAUAAUCUGGCCUCUCCCUAUCCCACCCUCAAACCAUCAGUGACUUCUUUUCAGUCCUUACCUUACCUAAACUUUUUCAGCCUUUGAUUAUAUGGGAGCUACUUCAUUUUUGAAAUUCUCUUCCUAUGGCUUCCACCAUCUCUCCCAAUUAGUUUUCCUCCAUUUCUCUCCCUGUUCUUUUUAUGUUUUUUCUCAGCUCUAGAACUUUUUCACCUGUGUCUUAUGUGAUUUUGUAGCUAUUAGAAAAGGAGGAAAAACAUACAUAUUUUAUAAACAUAGUUUUACAGGUGACUUAAGAAGUAUGCCUUGUGAGGUAAGAAAUUACCAUUGAAACAAUAGCCAUAUAUAAUUAUUGGUAGAAAGAUUUUCUACCCUGCUCUAACUUGGAAUAUGUUUUUAUCCUAGAUCAGAUGUUACCAACAUUCUUUUUUGUUGUUGUUUUUUUUGGCCGCAACAUACGGCUUGGGGAAAUCUUAGUUCCUCACCAAGGAUUGAACCCAGGACCCAGCAGUGAAAGCAGAGUCUUAACCACUGGACUACUAGGGAAUUAACCUCAACAGUCUUAAGACAAUUCAGACUACUUCUCCAGCGUCUAGCUUUCACUUGGUCUUGAAACUCCUCCUCUAGAACACAGCUACCAUGUAAGAAGUCUAGCUACCCUGAGACUGCCAUGCUAUGAAGAAGUAUUAAGCCAGUCACAUGGAUAGAGUGCAUCAAGAGGGAGAGAGAGCCCUGUCUGUUCUAGCUGUCCAUCCUGUCUGAAGGAGAUGUGAGUGAGGAAAUCGUACUGGACCUCUCACCCAGGUUAUUUAGGCCUUCAGUUCUAAGAGCAGAUAGAAGUGGCUAUGGAUAAUUCAUAUGAUUUCAAUCAAAAAGGCUCAUGUAAUGGAAUUCCAUCUGAGAAGAAAAACAACUUCCUUGUAUCAGAAGAUCAUGGACAGAAAAUCUUAAGUAUACUACAGAAUUUUCGAGAACAAAAUAUCUUUUAUGAUUUCAAAAUAAUCAUGAAAGAUGAAAUAAUCCCAUGUCAUCGUUGUGUGUUAGCAGCGUGCAGUGACUUUUUCAGGGCUAUGUUUGAAGUAAACAUGAAAGAAAGAGAUGGUGGAAGUGUUACCAUUACUAAUUUGUCCUCCAAAGCAAUAAAAGCAUUUCUUGAUUAUGCCUAUACUGGAAAAACAAAGAUAACAGAUGAUAAUGUGGAAAUGUUCUUCCAGUUGUCAUCAUUUCUUCAAGUUUCCUUCCUAUCCAAAGCUUGCAGUGACUUUUUAAUAAAAAGUAUUAAUCUUGUCAAUUGUUUACAGUUAUUAUCUAUAUCAGAUAGCUAUGGUUCUGCCCGUUUGUUUGACCAUGCUUUAUACUUUGUUCAACAUCACUUUUCUUUAUUAUUUAAAUCCAGUGAUUUCUUAGAGAUGAAUUUUGGAGUACUGCAAAAGUGUCUGGAAUCAGAUGAAUUAAAUGUUCCUGAAGAAGAAACUGUACUGAAAGUUGUCCUUAGUUGGACUAAACAUAACUUAGAAUCAAGGCAAAAACAUCUGCCUUAUUUGAUUAAAAAAGUAAGAUUAUGUCAGUUAUCUGAGGAGACACUUCAAGAUUGUCUACUCAAUGAAGAGUGUUUACUCAAAAGCACAAACUGUUUUGACAUAAUCAUGGAUGCAAUUAAGUGUGUGCAAGGUUCUGGUGGACUUUUCCCUGAUGCUCGACCAUCCACAACUGAAAAAUACAUAUUUGUUCACAAAACUGAGGAAAAUGGAGAAGCUCAGUAUACGUUUUGCUAUAAUAUUAAAAGUGAUUCAUGGAAGAUACUGCCACAGUCACACCUGAUUGAUUUGCCCGGAUCUAGUCUAUCUAGUUACGGGGAGAAAAUAUUCUUGACAGGUGGUUGCAAAGGGCCAUGUUGUAGAACAGUUCGGCUUCAUAUUGCAGAAUCAUAUCAUGAUGCCACUGAUCAAACCUGGUGCUACUGUCCAGUCAAAAAUGAUUUUUUCCUGGUAUCAACUAUGAAAACACCAAGAACCAUGCAUACAUCAGUUAUGGCUCUCAAUAAAUUGUUUGUCAUAGGUGGAAAAACUAGAGGAUCUCAGGACAUUAAAAGUCUCUUAGAUGUUGAAUCUUACAAUCCUCUUUCCAAAGAAUGGGUGUCUGUUAGCCCAUUACCCAGGGGCAUAUACUAUCCUGAAGCAAGUGCAUGCCAAAAUGUAAUUUAUGUUCUUGGAUCAGAGGUAGAAAUUACAGAUGCUUUUAACCCAUCACUUGAUUGCUUUUUCAACUACAAUGCUACAACUGAUCAGUGGUCUGAACUAGUAGCAGAGUUUGGGCAGUUUUUUCAUGCAACGUUAAUUAAAGCUGUCCCAGUAAACUGCACACUCUAUAUAUGUGACCUUUCCACUUACAAGGUUUAUAGUUUUUGUCCAGAUACUUGUGUUUGGAAAGGUGAAGGAUCUUUUGAAUGUGCAGGCUUCAAUGCAGGUGCAGUUGGAAUUGAAGAUAAAAUUUAUAUAUUAGGUGGUGAUUAUGCACCAGAUGAAAUCACAGAUGAAGUUCAGGUCUACCACAGCAGCAGGUCUGAGUGGGAAGAAGUUUCACCAAUGCCAAGAGCCUUAACUGAAUUUUACUGCCAAGUGAUUCAGUUUAAUAAAUACAGAGACCCAUGGUUUUCUAAUCAUUUCUAAAAGUAGUGUAUGAUUAGACCUUCUAAAGCAAUUGCAAUUCUAGAAGCCUGCAGUAAAUUUAUUAACUUUAAUUAUUGGUAAAAAGGUCUUUACAGCUUAGUAAGAUAAAACACACCUUCUAUAAGAGAAUUACUGUGAAUGUAUACCAUAUUAGAGAAAUACUAUGAAUGUAUACUAUAUAUUAAUUAGCAGUUCCCAGAAACUUUAAAAUACACAAUACAUUUUACCAAAAACUGUAAUUUAAUCUUGGAGAAUCUAGGAUAUUAGUAUUUUCAUAUGUAAGUAAAACUCAGGCUUUGAUGUUUUGAUUCUUAAAGUACUUUAUCCAUGACAGACAGACAGACAAAUCACACUUCACAGAACUGUACAAUGUUAAUGGGAGAAAUCUCUUUAGAUAGUAAAAAUGACAUUUAUACUAUAUUAUAUGAAGUGUAAAAUAUAUUAGAGGUGAGAAUCCUAUCUUGUUACUACAGGUAUAAGAGUAGUUGAAUUCCUAUUUUUUCUGAACAUUGGUUAGCUAUUUUUAAGCCCUUUCUUUUCUUUCACUAUUUUUGAGUCAGAAAAUUUUCUGAAAUGAAGUGUAUUUCCCCAGCCUUCUAAAACUGUACACUAAACAUGUUUUAAUUUUUUGAUUCAACUCUUCAGCAAGAGUAUAGUGUACUGUAAUGCUGUUGGCAGUUACUGAAAUGUCUUAAAAUUUGCAUAUUCUAUAAGUUUUCAGUGUUAGUUGGUCUCAGUUUUUGCAGGUAUUUUAUUUUCUGGCUCAAGCUCAGUAAAUUAACUUUCUUGAUUUAUUUAGUCAGUUCAAGUUAUACCUGACCUGAUUUUAUCUUGACAUGUAACCCUUUUAGUGAUGUUCUUGGAUUCUGGGAUGGUGGUCUUAAAAUACUUUUCCAUAUCAUUGCCGGAUUCCAAUGUAAGCGAGGACAUAGGAAAUCUGACCUCUAGAUAAGUGGACCACUAUUGCUGGCAUUUCUUAAACUUUUGCAUGUACACAUUUGAGUUGCAGUAAGAAAUUUAAACGUUUCAGUUAGCACCGUGUCAGUUUUCUGUGAUGAUGUAUACCCUCUGUAAAGUGCUGUAUAUGUUUUCUUCAGCAAAUUAUUCAUAGUGAAUUAUUUACUAAUUUGAAAAUGUGACUGGGCUUUUGGUAUUCAUAGUAGAUAUGUGAAACUUGUAACUUAUUAGAUGUUUAAUCAUCUCUAACCCAAACAAUGAAAGAGAAUCAUUCUUGUUCUCAGCUAAGAUGAUUCUGCCUUGUAAGAGGAUAUGUUUCUUUAAUCAGUUUUAACGAUACAGGUAUUUUAGGUUUUAGGACCUGAUUUAUAUCUCAGGUAAUGUGUAGAUUAUAUUUCUCUGGAAUCAAAUGAAGUUUCCCAUACACUGUAGUAAAUGUUAAUCUGUUGUAAAUAUUCUUUAGAAGUGGAAAUGUACCUAAAUGAAGGUCCUUUUAUUUUACCAUAUAAAUUUAUGCAAUCAUAAGUUUCAAAUAUAUUUUUCAAAAUGAAACAGAAUGUUAGACUAAAUUAUCAUGCAAUUCCAAAAUCAGGGAUGGUCCAUAAUCAGACGAUAGUUGCAUAAAAAUUCUGUAGAAUUGGUAGCUUCCUCCCUACCUACCUUUGUUGGUUCUGCCCUUCUCUCUCUCUCUCUCUCUCUGUGGUUGUGUGUCUGUGUUGGGUGCGUAAGAAAGAAAGAAAAUUCAGUGGACGCUUUGUGUGUUAAUGUGGCACUUUGAAAAGUUAUUUGAGAAAGACCAUAACACAGUGGGUGACUAAAUUGUUAAUUUAAGCAUAUAUAAACAAAUAUUUCAAGAAAGGAGCAACUAAAGCAAAAUAGAAUCCCUUCCUGAUGUUGUUUCAUUAUUAUAUCUUGAUUUCUACCAUUCCUUUCAAUGGCCAUUGAUUUUUUAAAUUUUAUUUUUACUUGGAGGAUAAUUACGAUGUGGUGAUGGUUUCUGCCCCACAUCAAC